GGAGUUGCUCUGAUGGUGCUGUCGGAUUGAAUCGCUGUUUCAAUUCCUCCUCCAACCUUCCCAAACUCGUGGACCCACGAAUCGAGUCCAGGUUACCACGACAGCCUGUUCCUCGACCACGGAACAGGGCGUGCCCGCGCCUUCCCCAGCCUGUUUCUCCCCCAUUCCACCCAAUUACCAUUAUGGAGCAUAUCCUCACGCCCAAAGUUGAAAACGUGAAAUUGGUGGACAAAUUCAACGCCAAGGCCUCGCCCUUGGGCACGCUCUAUUUGACCACGACCCAUCUCAUAUUCGUGUCCAAUGCUUCGGCCUCGGCCCCAAUGGCAGCACCGCCACCUGAACCUCCCAAUCCGAUGGGCGAAGGCGCGGGCGCCAGUGGUGGAGGCGGGGCCACAAAUUUAGGGGGCUUUGUCCAUGGCGGGGCCAAGAAAGAGUUAUGGAUCCUGCACACCCUCAUGCACACCGUGGAAAAGCCUCUCCUGACCACUUCGGGCACACAACUCAGGAUCUUGUGUAGUCACUUUCAAAGUGCGUCAUUCAUCAUUCAGCGGGAUCGGGAUGCCCAUGAUGUGUAUCUGUCUUUGAUGGCCUUGUCCAAGCCCAAAGAGUUCAAGGACCUCUAUUGUUUCACGUACAACCCGACUGGCCAAGUUCAAAAAUCCACCGGAUGGUUCUUUCACGAUUUGGACGCAGAAUAUCAGCGAAUGGGCGUGCCUAAUGAGAAUUGGACCCUGUGCUCGAUGAAUGAUCAACAUCGGUUAUGUCCCACCUACCCUCAAAAGAUAUUCAUCCCGAUUUUGGCCUCCCAAGCCAUCAUCGAAGGCAGUUCACGCUUUCGAAGCAAAGGCCGACUCCCCGUGUUGACCUACCUACACAAGAAUAAUGCUGCCAUAGUACGAUGUGCCCAACCAUUGGUGGGCAUCAGUGGCGUCCGCAGUAGCUACGAUGAGAAAUACGUCGAGUGCUUGCGCAAGGCCACACCCCGUUCGCCAUUUAUCUAUGUGAUUGACACCCGGCCAGCCAUGAACGCCAUGGCCAAUCGGGCCGGAGGCAAAGGCUACGAGAACGAGAAGUAUUACGAAAAUAUCAAUUUCUCCUUCAAAGGCAUCGAAAACAUUCACAAGAUGAGGUCCAGUUUGAAGGCCAUGAUGACCUCAGUAGCCAAUGCCACCACCAUGGAGGGUUUCAUGAGUGAGCUGGCCAACAGUAGUUGGCUGAAGCACGUGAAAGCCGUACUCGACGCCUCAGUCGCCAUCAAAAAUUGCAUUUUGGAGGGGAAAUCCGUGAUUGUCCAUUGCUCGGAUGGCUGGGACCGAACAUCGCAAACGUGCGCACUGGCCUGCCUUAUGUUGGAUGGGUAUUAUCGAACAUUCCAGGGCUUUCAAGCCCUUAUCGAGAAGGACUGGCUCGCUUUCGGGCACAAGUUCACGGACAGAUGCGGGCAUCUAGAUGGUGAUCCCAAUGAGGUGUCGCCCAAUUUUACUCAGUUCUUGGAUGCCGUUUGGCAGUUGACCCAGCUCUCGCCCCAGUUAUUCCAGUUCAACGAACGAUACUUAAUCACUAUCCAUGAACACGUCUACUCUUGCCAGUACGGAACCUUCAUUGGCAAUAGCGAACGUGAGCGAGAGCUCUUGGGGUUGCGAGAAAAGACCUACUCAUUGUGGGGCUAUCUCACGGCGAACUAUGAUGACUACACUAAUCCUCUCUACGAACGAAGCACUCAAAUGGAAGUGAUGCGCCCCACCACGGCCCCACAAAACAUCAAAUUCUGGAGCGGGCUGUUUUGCCGCUUCGAGAGCGGGGCUCAUACCCGCGAGCCUAUUAUAGAUCUUUUGUCAGUGACACAAAAUCACACGACCUCACUGGAAGACCAUGGCCGACAGUUGAGCAAGACCAUUGGUCAGAUGACAUCUCUGAUUGCCAAUGCCAAAGCCACGGGUGCCAUGCGCCGCAUGCUUCCUACCUCACCGUCCAACAAACCCUCGGUCACGGAGUCUGAGACGUCGUUGACCAGUAGUUCUUCCUCGAGCACGAUUUCCCACCCACUUCAGAUGUCGAGCAAUGCGGCCAAUGCCGAUUUUGAGCACAUGGAGAAGAAGUUCACCGAUUUGAAAGCAUCCAUCAUGGAGCAAUGCCAAUCGAGUAAGCAAAGAUUUCUAGGAUUUUUGUCUUUGAAACUACCGCAGAGUAUUGCUGGUCUGCACUCAACAACACCCUCUAAAGUUACUCCUCCCAUUUCCAAGGAGAAAGCCAUCAAGAAUGAUUCAUCUCAACGGGCAACCUCAAGCUCGCCUCAAUUCAUCCCCAUGUCCGAGGCCGAGUUCAAUUCUGAUGUUGUGCUCUCCAAGGAGCUUCUCGAGGCCGAGAUCGAUUCCGUUGCCGUGGACUGGAAAUCGCUCAGGUCGUCGUUGACUUGUCCGUGUGGAUUCCGUUUGGAUGACAAUGCCACAACGAAGAUUCAUUGCCGCCGGUGUGGUUGCGUAUUCUGCAAGCGGUGCAUCCACAGAAAAGUGCCGCUCCCCGGUCAUUUGAGCAAGAAACCCAUGCCUUUGUGCAGCACAUGUUGUAAGCUCAUCGAUUAUCCCACCCCCGAUUCGGAUGACGAGCCGGACGAGAUGAAUGCCUUGGACGCAUUUGAAGAAUUAAAUUCCAUGACCUAAGACCGAUGACCGAGAUAUCAGGCGCUAUAUUUGAAGCUGAAUACAUGUUCAUGUUACUGCCGU